UCCUCCGUUAACGACUGCGGAAUCCAGGGAGCGGCGGUAAGGAAGGAGUCUGGAGGCUUGCCAGCUGAAUAGACAAACGAAUCAGGGUUACGUGGUUCAGACAAUAGAUACGACGCGCGAGCGAGGCUGCCUGCGGCUCUUGGAAAGGGAGGGGCCUCUCCGUCUUCACGUGAAGCGGGGAGCCUGGCGCUUCUAACCUCGGAAGCUGGGAAGGGUCAUGGCUGCAGUCCUGAGACGGCUCCCUCCGGAGGAAAUCCGUUGACCGAAACAUUACAAUCACAUCGCACCAUAGUCGUUUCACCGUUGCAGUGCUGUCUGUGUUAGCGCCCAACAACUUUUUCUGAAGGGCAGCUGUUAAGAGUUAAAUGAACAUUCAAGAUGGCACCCAUUUUAGAAUGGAAGAAGCUUAUGAGGGUAGAUCCUGACACUUUGCCUCGUCAAGAGGAACUAGCAGAUGAUUUGCUGGAGGCAGUGGCCAAGGUUGAUGGAAAUGAUCUGAAGGAUGAGAAUCCUGAACGUUUGAUUCAGCUAUUUAAAAUUUCUCAGUCUCUAAUGAAGAUGAAAAAUCAAGAAGUAGAACUGGCCCUGGAAGAAGUUGAGAAAGCUGGGGAAGAGCAAGCCAAAUUUGAAAACAAGUUAAAAACUAAAGUGAUGAAAUUGGAAAAGGAACUGGAGGCAGCACAGCGAACAGUUACUGGCCGGGAUACUCGUUUUUUGCGUGAUGAAAUACGCCAACUGGAAAGACAACUGGAACAAAAAGACCGAGAAUUAGCAGAUAUGGAAAAGGAGGUUGAAAAAGAGAAGAAGAUUAAUGAACAGCUUGCUCUUCGAAAUGAGGAUGCAGAAAAUGAAAACAGCAAGUUGAGAAGGGAGAACGAGCAGCUUCGUCAGGAUGUAGUUGAUUAUCAAAGACAAAUAGAUGCACAGAAGGAAACAGUUCUUUCACGAAGAGGAGAAGAAUCAGAUUACAGGUCACAGUUAUCAAAAAAGAACUAUGAACUUGUCCAGUAUCUGGAUGAAAUUCAGGGUUUGACUGAGGCUAAUGAAAAAUUAGAGGCUCAAAACCAGGAAAUGAGGAAGAAUCUAGAAGAAUCAGUGCAGGAAAUGGAAAAGAUGACUGAUGAGUACAAUAAAAUGAAACUUAUUGUGCAGCAGUCUGACCUUGUUAUGGACCAAAUAAGAAAAGAAAAGGAACAAUAUAAACUACAGGUGCAUGAAUUAACAGAGCAACUCAAAGCAAAGAAUGAAGAAGACGAUCCUCUCAUGGCAGCAGUAAAUGAAAAAGUGGAAGAAUGGAAGGGAAUUUUGACUUCCAAAGAUGAUGAAAUCAUUGAAUAUCAGCAAAUGUUGCUUACUUUGAAAGAGAAGCUUAAAAUGGCCCAGCUUGAUGCUGACAAGAACAGUGUGAUGUCACUCCAGCAGAUAAUAUCUGAACUCUAUGUUGGUGUGCAAGAAAGAGAUAGUCAAAUCAAACUACUCACAGAACAAGUUGAACAAUAUACAAAAGAAAUGGAAAAGAAUGCAUUGAUCAUUGAGGAUCUGAAAAGAGAGCUCCAAAAAGGAAAAGGUCAGUCAUCUCAACAGGAUUACAUUGGAGAAAUGCAAGGAAAGUUACUUAUGCUGGAACAGAAAACUAAAGAAGCUGAACGGGUUGCAGAACUGGCAGAAGCUGAUGCAAGGGAGAAGGACAAAGACCUUAUUGACACUCUGAAACGAAUGAGAGAUUAUGAGGCAGGAAUAUAUGGUUUGGAAGAUGCUAUUGCUGAAAUAAAGGAUUUGAAAAAGCAAAUUAAAGUACGAGAUCAUGAAAAUGAAAUAUUAAUUAAAGAAGUUAACAAACUUGAACUAAAAAUCAGUGAUUUUCUUGAUGAAAAUGAAGAUCUUCGAGAACAGCUAGGUCUUGAUCCAAAGACAAUGAUUGAUUUAACUGAAUUUAAAAAUAGCAAAGCAUUAAAACAACAGCAAUACAAGGCUGAAAACCAGGUCCUGCUGAAAGAGAUUGAAAGACUAGAAGAGGAAAGAGUUGCCCUGAAACAACAGAUUCGUAAACUGGCUCAGGAGAAAGGAAGAAGAGCUGCAUCUUUAGGACUAGAUGCAGAUGACUUACAGCUGAUUGAUACCUUUACUGAAGAUCUGAAGAUGAAACGGGGGAAAUCUGAGUUUAUGAGUACCACUAACUUUGAUGAGGUUAAAUCAAAGGUACAGGUGGAGGAUUAUAGUGAUGGCUCCAAAGCUUUUACAAUAGAUGAGCUUUACAGUUCAUUAGGGCAAGAAUCUACAGAAAUGCUAGGGACAGCAUUAUGUUCAGUCAACUGUAAGGAAUCAAAUGAACUAGCAACAGACUGUCCAGUUUCAUUUUCUGCUAUGCAAAGAAAACAAAGGGCCAGUAAAAGACAAGAGGUACAAAGUCAGGAAAGGCAGAUGAAGAGAAGUCAAGAGCAUUCUCAUGUCCAUACACUGGCACACCCUGUUAGGAUGCUAUCCCUGGAUUUCCAGGAGGGGUUGCCCCUUACUCUGCUUGGAAAACCGGUGUCGUCUUAUGUAGUGCAAGAGGUCCUGUUGAAAGAUGAGAAGGAUAAUUCUGAAAUAAAACUGAUGGAUUUGAGAACUGAUUUUCAAGAAAUGGGCAAAGACAAAAUACAUUUUCCAGAAUUGUGGCCAGUAGAACAUGUAGAAGGAAGACUUGAUUGUAGCCAGCCAGUGAAUGCAUAUCAGAUAGAAAAAGUUGAGAGUCUCAUAAAGCAGCUGAAGAAUGAAUUAACUGUCCUUAGGUCAGAGAAUGACUACCUUGCCAAAGAAUUAAAUGAGCGGGAGAGAGACUUGGAAGAAAACAGGAUUGUAAUAGCAACAUUUCAAUCCAAAUUGAAAGAAUUACUACAAGAAAAUAAGCACCUUGAACAAGGCAUGAAAGAAAUUCUACAAGCCAUAAAAGAUAUCCAGAAAGAUCCAGCGGUGACAGGUGGAGAAACUGCUCUUAUGAUUCCUAGUCUGGAACGACUAGUAAAUGCAAUUGAAUUAAAAAAUGCAGACGGAAACUUUGAUGCCACUUUGCAUUUGAAGACUCAAGUUGACCAACUUACAGGACGAAAUGAGGAAUUAAGGAAAGAACUGAGAGAAGCUCGGAAGGAGGCAGUGAUCUUUUCUAAUCAGUUGACCAAAGCAAAUACAAAGGUUGCCAGUCUAGAAAGUGAGAUACAUUUGUUGCGACAAUCAGAAGGUGCCAGUAUAGCAUUCAAAGCAGUGGCCCUUCCAGAAGGGAUGGCUCCUACUAGUGUAAACAUAAUCAACUUGCAGAAUGAGUAUUUAAUACAUCUUCUACAGGAUCUGGAAAAGAAAGAGCAGCUGUCUAAGAAAUUAGAAGAAGCAGUAGAAGAACAUAAAAGAAAAUUUGCAGUUAUCCGCCACCAGCAAGGUUUACUGUAUAAAGAAUAUCAAAGUGAAAGGGAACACUGGCAAACUGACGGUAAAAAAAUUCAAGAAGAAAAGAAGAAGUUAGAAUUUCAAAAGGAACAGGACGAUAUAAAAAUAAAAGAAUAUUGUAAUUUAUUAGAUGGUCUGCAAAAGGAUGGUGAUGAUGCUAAACGGCUCUUGGCAGAGUAUAGUAGAAAAAUAACAGUCCUGCGAGUAAAUGAAAGAUCAAUGACAAGGCAGUAUACAACCUUGCUUGAGAUGGAGAAGCAUCUUCGAAAGGAGAAAGAGAAAAUGAAGGAUGAAUUAAUGGCUAUGGAAGCUGCAGUUGGAGAAAAGAUUGGAAGUUUGCGAAGAUUCAAGGAAAUGGCAACCUUCAAGAUAGCAGCACUGCAAAAAGUGUUGGAUGACAGUGUACCACUAAAUGAUCUAGAAAUGGCUAAUAAACAAUAUAAUGAACUAACUGCUAAAUACAGGGAUAUGUUACAAAAAGAUAACUUGCUUGUUCAAAGAACAACUAACCUGGAGCACUUGGAGCUUGAGAAUGCAUCCCUGAAAGAACAGAUCAAGUCCUUAAUCAAGGAAUUGGAAAUUACAAAGGAGAAACUUCAUACAGUGGAGCAAGCUUGGGAACAAACAGCAAAACUAGGUGAUAAUGCUUCAGACAAGACCACAAAAGCCAUAACCAACAGCGAGAUUGUUUCUAUUUCUAAGAAAAUUACUAUGCUGGAAAUGAAAGAACUAAAUGAAAGACAGAGGGCAGAGCACGCUCAGAGAAUGUAUGAACACUUAGGAAAUACCUUAAAACAAGUGGAAGAACGCAAUUUUGAACUGGAAGCAAAGUUUGCUGAGCUUACUAAGAUCAACCUUGAAGCACAGAAAGUGGAACAGUCCUUGCGAGAUGAACUAUCAAGCAGCGUGAGUAAAGCAGUCAGUGAAGCAGACAGGCGUCGAAUUAUGGAACUGGAGAAAAGUGAAAUGGAACUUAAGGUUGAGGUAUCCAAGUUAAAAGAGCUUUCUGAUAUUGGCAAGAUGCAAGUUGCUGCUUUGGAGAAUCGGCAGCAAUCCAGAGAAAAAGAAGUGGAAUCACUGAGAAUGCAAAUUUUGGACUACCAGGCACAGUCAGAUGAAAAAACACUUAUUGCAAAAUUACAUCAGCAUAUUGUGGCCCUUCAGAUUAGUGAGGCUACUGCUGUGGCCAAGUUAGAGGCAACUACAUCCAAACUUCAGAAAAUGGAGAUCACUAAUAUGCGUCUGGAGCAGAAAUUGGAUGACAAGGAACAAGCAUUAUAUUAUGCAAGGCUUGAGGGAAGAAACAGAGCCAAACAUCUACGCCAGACUGUUCAGUCACUGCGGAGGCAAUUCAGUGGUGCUUUGCCCCUGGCUCAACAGGAGAAGUUCUCCAAGACUAUGAUUCAACUUCAGAAUGACAAACUUAAAACUAUGGAUGCAGUCCAGCAUGCUGAGGAAGAGCACCGGAAUGCAGAGAACAGAGCACUGGAGUUGGAGCUGAAAUUAAAAGGGUUGGAAGAGUUAAUAUCCACAUUAAAAGAUACAAGAGGAGCACAAAAGGUAACUGAAUGGCAUAUGAAAAUUGAAGAGCUUCGUCUUCAGGAGCUCAGACUGAACCGUGAAUUAGCCAAGAAAGAGGAAAAGAUUAAAUAUUUGAACAAUAUUCUUUCUGAAUAUGAGCAAACAAUCAAUAACCUGGAAGAAGAAAUUGUGCAGCAGAAUAAGUUCCAUGAGGAGCAGCAGAUAGCUUGGGACCAAAGAGAAGUAGAAUUAGAACGUCAACUCGACAUAUAUGACCGUCAGCAAAAGGACAUAUUAAGCACAGCUCUAAAGUUUGAUGAAGCUACAGGUUCAGUUCCAGAUCCUGAUUUGCCCAUUCCACAUCAACUUGAGCAAGCUCUAAGGAAAAUUAGAGAACAUAUUCGAACAAUCCUGGAAAUGCAGGCCACCUGCAAAACCUUAGAAGAGAAACUGAAAGAAAAAGAAACUGCUUUGUGGAAAGCAGAGCAAAAUAUCUUAUCAAGAGACAAGGUCAUAAAUGAACUAAGACUUAGAUUGCCAGCAUCAUUUGAGAGAGAAAAGAUUACAGCAGAACUUGAACAAAAAGAAGAGGAUACUGCUACUGCUUAUCCUCAUGCCCUGAAAAUUGCACAUCAAACUAUUGCAAAUAUGCAAGCAAGAUUAAACCAAAAAGAGGAAGUGUUGAAAAAGUACCAGCACCUUUUGGCCAAAGCAAGAGAGGAACAAGAGGAAAUUGCAAAGAAACAUGAUGAAGACCUCAGAGUAUUACAUCAAAAGUUAGAUUUACAUGCUGACCAUUCAUUUAAUAAGUUCAAGCAAACUGCAUUAGAGUUGAUGAAAAAGCCUUCAUUAGUUGUCCCAGCAAAUAAACAUUUAAUUCGCCUGGCAGAGAUGGAACAAACCGUAGCAGAGCAAGACAGCUCCCUUGCCUCCCUUCUGAGCAAAUUAAAGAAAACGUCCUCUGACUUGCAGAAGCAAAAGCAAAUUACUUUGGUAAAAAUCAAGGAGUUUGAUAACAUCAAGGCCCAACUUGAGGAGAAGCAUGCAGCUGAAGUGAAAAAAUUGAAAGGUGAAGUGGAUGAGUUAAGGAGUUUGUUGUCACAGAUGGAGAAGGAAUUACUACAUGUGAAAAUGGAGCUGGAAGCCCAAAGAGAAGCAAAUACUAGAGCUCCAACAACUACAAUGAAAAAUCUAGUGGAACGGCUGAAGAAUCAGCUAGCCUUAAAAGAGAAACAGCAGAAAGCUUUGAGCAAAGCACUCUUGGAGCUCCGAGCAGAAAUGACAGCUGCUGCAGAGCAACAGAUUAUUUCGAUUGCAUCGCAAAAGGAGGCACACAUGAAUGUUCAGCAGAUUGUUGACAAGCACACAAAGGAACUGAAGAGUCAGGUUGAAGAUUUAAAUGACCAGCUUUCAAAAGUUAAAGAUGCUCUUAAAAUAAGCAAAAAUAAAGAGAAUUCAUUAUUGGAAGACAUGGAUGAUCUGAAUCAGGAACUUCAGAAAAAAGUGAAAGCCCACACUAAAGCUUUAAGGGAGAAAGAUGAGAUGGAAAAAGAAAAUGAAGAACUAAAACAACGAAUUAAAAGACUAACCCAUUCAAUUCAGGGCAAAGCUGAUGAGCAAGCUCUGAUAGAAGAGCUUCAAAGAAAAAAUAAAAAGCUGGAAACUGAGUUAAGACAGAAGAGUGAAGAGUCAGAAAAGAAAACCCCAAGAGAAGACAAGAGCUCAAAGGAGGAAUUAAUUAGAUGGGAGGAAAGUAAAAAAUGGCAGAAUAGAACUGAGGGGAUGAGGAACAAACUAAAAUUAAAGGAAAAGGAAGUGGAGUCUUUAACCAAACAAUUAAAUACAGUAAAGGAACUGUUUUCCAAGGCUGAUAAAGAAAAAAUCAGUUUGCAGAAGAAGCUUAAAAGCUGUGGUGUUACUGUUGAUCAUGUUGUGGGAGUACGAGCUUAUGAAAUGGAGCGAGAGCUGGAAGAACUCCGGAAACUAAAUAUGGGUUUGGAAAAUGAGAUUGUUCACUUAAAGACACAGUAUGCUGUCCCUCGAGAUUCUGUUGUAGAAGACUUGCACUUAAAAAACAGAUACCUGCAAGAAAAACUGAAUGUAUUGGAAAAACAGCUUUCAAGGGACAAUUUUUCAAGACCUUCAACUUCAGGAUUAGGAUCUGAAGAUCAAUAUCAAAAAGAACAAGACCUUCAGAAGGAGAAUCUGGCAUUAUCAUCUGAAAAUAUGGAAUUACGAUUCCAGCUAGAACAGGCCAAUAAAGACUUGCCAAGACUAAAGAGUCAAGUAGCUGACUUAAAAGAACUGUGUGAGCUUCUGAAACGAGAGAAAACAGAAGCUGAGCGGAAGUUAGGCAAUGUCAGAGGGUCUGGACGAAGUGGAAAAACCAUUCCAGAACUAGAAAAAACAAUUGGUUUGAUGAAAAAGGUGGUAGAGAGGGUUCAGAGAGAAAAUGAAGAGCUUAAAAAAGCUCCUGGCAUUGUUUCUAGUGAAAAAAUGGCCAGCCUUGAACAGGAAAAUGAGAACUUAAAGUCUGAAAUGGAAAAACUGAAACUACACCUUGGAGGCGAAUUGAGCAUGCGUUACAAAUUGAAGACUAAAGGCACAGAAAAGAUCAUUGCAGAAAACGAGAGGAUACGUAAGGAGAUGAAAAAGGAAGCAGAGAAGGCAGAGAAGCUGCGAAUUGCCAAGAACAAUCUUGAAGUAAUAAAUGAGAAAUUGACUGCUGAAUUGGAAGAGACGAUAAAGAAGCUAAACUUAGCAGAAAGCAGAAACCCACAACUUGAAGGAACCAACAGCAAAGGUUGGAAAUCUAUGGUCAUAACAAGGAUGUAUGAAAAUAAGAUGAAAGAAAUGGAAGCUGAUAUUGCCCAGAAGAAUCAAGCCAUUAGUGACCUUAAGCAGCUAUUAUGGAAAGCCACAGAGAGUGAAGAGACAAAUGAAAAAUAUAUUGAAGACUUAAAAGCACAGUUUCCUCAGAGUGGCAAACCAGAGUCAGAACUUGUCAGAGAGCUUCAGCUACUCAGAUUAACUAUUGAUCGUUUGGAAAAGGAAAAAGCAGAACUUGUUCACCAGGUGGAGACUUCUCGAAACCAAACAGAAGUUAAGAAAGGGGAUGUCUUUGCUGCUGGGAAGGCUGGAAACUACAAAGUAUUGAAAGAAGUAACAGACCUCAAGACACAGUUGAAAGCUUCAGAAUUGGAACAGCAGCGACUUCAUGAUGAAGUUAGAAAGCUGAAAAAUGAACUGGAGCACUUUGAUCCAUCCUUCUUUGAAGAAAUUGAGGAUCUAAAAUACAACUACAAUGAAGAAGUAAAAAAGAAUAUUAUCUUGGAAGAAAAACUGAAAACACUUUCUGAACAACUAGGUGUUCAAGUAGAUAUUCCAGCCAGAGUUUCUAUUGAUUAAGGAACUUGGUUCCUUGAAUAAGCCUGCAAGUGCUGUUCAUUUGGACAUAAUGAUGCCUUGGUAUGAAAUAGUAUUUUUGCUCCUAUUUGUCAUAUACCAGGGGGUCAAGCCAACCCUUUUCUACUACUUCAGCAAGUGUCAAUAGUGUACAGCUAACUAUCAUAUAGUUCUUCUUAGCUCUUGAAACCAAACAUCUCCCUGAUUAACUUGACAAGUAUGGAAGUAUAAAAGUAAGUGAUAAAGGGAUUACACUACUAUAAAGUUGGGGGUGUAUAUACAUGUGUGCAUGUGCAUUUGUAUCGUAUAGUGCUAAUUUAUUACGUUUUCAAUAUUAUUUUUGUAGAUUUUCCACUGAACUUUUUGCACAGAAGGAAUACACUGAAUGCAGUUCAGAAAUUCUUUAUUUUUCUAUGUUUACUAUAUGGCAAACAAGUUGUAGUUUAACAUUUACCCCAUCUUAAACCUUUUAAACUAAAAAUGACAACCAAGUCAUAUGGGCUUUAUCUAAUAAAAUUCUACAAUCCA